CUACCUGAUGUCCACUACUGUUCAUGCGUGAUUCUAGUGAUGGCAAUCUGUUUCUGGUUUUGGUAAGAACACAAUGUUAAGAUUUUAUCCCUUUUAAAACAAGUAGUACUUGUACACAGAAAAUAAAACAUUGCUUCACACAUUAUCUCUUUGAAAUGUUGUGCUAUAUACUCCUUAUUGGCAUGUUUUAUUGUAAUUUUUGUUUAAAUGUUUUUUUUUUCUUACUGUUUUUAGUUAAAAAUCAGAAGUAUUUUAGUUAAAAAUACAAAGAAUGGUGUGUCUCAAUUCAGAGGCAUUUUUCAGACCCUACUUAAAGUUCACUACUUUACCCUAGUCAAAGGUUCAGACAACAUUGAGCAGCAUGCAGCUACAACUAAACAUGUUUUUGGCUCCAUAGUCUGGGAAAACCAACAUGGCUGCCUCUAGAAAGAGUCCCCUGCAAUGAAAGAAAGAACUCGUACAAUGAAAACAAAUAUCGUCAAAUUCAUGCUAAAUUGUACCUGUUUUUGUUCCAAUAAUAAUAAAAAAAAUAGCAUACAGUAGUUAAUUUACAAUUCUACAAUUAAUGUUAGAGACUAGAAUCUGUCGUUCCUGGUUUGCCCGCUAGAUGGUAAUGUGAAGCAAACAUUGAGAUAAUUAGUUUAUAAUAACAGCUACAAAGAAGACAAAACUAAUGGCGGUUUUUCAAUAAAGUUACGGAUUGGCAGCUGAAACUCCUUAAGAUGGUGCUCAUAAAAAGUAACUAAAACUUAGUUGAAACUGUAGAAGCAAACUCGGUUGGUAUCUGUGUGACGCUGGCCCUCGGUAUGAGGAGUUUUUUAUGUAAGUUUGACGGUCAGUCGAGGCUUUUGGUUCACUCUCUGAUGUCCGGAGCCUGUGGAGUCCAAAGAGCCCUUGACGUUUUUCGUAAGCAGCAGAGAGCAAGCUCUGACUCCAUGUUCCUCAGUGAUUUUAUAAAAACUCUGUGUCAGGAUGAAGUGGCCACUCCACAGACUGAUGAUCAGCCGCUGACUGUUAAACCCCUGGUGUGCCUGUUUCCAGCAUUAUUCACGCAAAACCUUCUGUCCUUCAUCAACCUGCUCCACCCAGCUCUUCCUCAGACAUCUGUUCUCCAUCUCCUCAAAUGUCUCAGUCAGGAUCCUCAUCCAAACCCCUGGAUCUCUGCCUUGUGUCGACAGUUGAAGAGGAGAAUUUCAGCUGAGAAUGAUGAACCUCUGUACACUCCACAGUGCAGCCAGAGGCUGAAGGAGCUGUCACAGCAUUUAUGUGUUAGUGGCCAGAGUGGAGGAUGGUCCAGUUGCUUCAGCAAAAAAGCAGAAUCAGUUUCUGAAUAUUCUUUUGGAUCAUCUGGAGCAACUCAAAGAAAAAGGAAAAUAAGUGUUGUCAUUUUGGACACAGAUGAUGAAGAUGCAGGACUGCAGAGUAAACGGAUAAGAACGGAUGUCUGUGGCAGGGAUGGAGUAAAAGCUGACAAACAAACGACAAGUGAGGAAACAUCAGUUGAGUUGGAAGAACGUGCAGCAACAGAACCUUCUACUGUGGAGCUGCAGCCUGAACUUGACACCAGUGACUCUCUUCCUGAGCAUGUUAAAGCUUCUGUUCUUCAAAUCAAAGAAUUACUGGAAAAUCAAACAGAGUGGGACCAGGGCUCCACAGAUGUGUGGAAAGUGCUGAAUGAAUGUGAUCCUAAUCAGGUGGAGAUGUUAUGCACUUCCUUAGGUUUAUCUGAUUUACCAGAGGAGAUUUUGCCUAAACUAUGCAGCAGCGUUUUGACUCUCUCUCCUGACCUCAGCUACAGCUCAGCAUCAUCACUUAUCAAGAGUCUCUUUCUGGACAAGGUUUUGUCUCUGUCAGAACCGGCCUCCAGAUGUCUAGUGACAGCAUUGACAUCACUGUGCAGCCAUUAUCCCAGACCUUCAUGCCACACUUUGAUUGGACCAAUUCUAAGGGAAGAGAACAUAGGGGAUCCACAGGCAGAGCUGCUGAAAAGGUUGAUAGACUGCCUUGAUUCACAUUACAGACUCCUGCUGCUUCAAAUGACAUUUAAAAUGUCAUGGAGUGAGGCACUGCUCUCUGUCAUCCACAGUUUGCUGGACUCCAAGCUCGACUUGAACGAAGAAGUGUUCACAGCAUUUACUGAACAGCUCGUCAGUGAUUCUUCUAAAUUCACAAAAUCUGUGAAGUUUGCAAAGAUGAUGUUAACUGUCCUCACCAAAUACAGCAACCAUGUUAAUGCUACAAACAAACACUCUCUAGAUGGCUGCCUGACGUUACACGAGACUUUUCUGAAAAAGUCUCUUCAAGCUGCUCUAAGGAAAAUCACACAUGCCAAAUGAUCACACUAGUACAAUAGUCAGCCAGCAUCUACACACUUGUUAAAUGUAUUAACAAUGUGUGUGUAGAUUUAAAAUGUUUCCCAAUGCACUUUUAUGGAAACCGUUAUUUAUUACAUUGUUAUUAUUCAUCCUCUGUGAUUUUCAUAUAUGAAAAGUCAAAACAUUACUGUUUACGUAUAGUAUCAUAGUAUGAAUGUAAACAAUGAUUUCCUGCAGCUGUACAUUUGAUGAUUAAUAUUCAAUAUUAUUAUAGUGUUUUUUGUUCUCCUUUAGUUCUGGAUCAAAAAUAGUUGAAAAUAAAAUUAUUAUAUUAUAUAUUUAUUUUGAAGUGCUAAGAAAUGUAUAAUGUACUAAGAUCAAUGUAAUAUUUACAUAAAUACAUGUAUAUGAAAUUUGGAAUACUUUAUUAUUAGUAGGCUUGUAGACUGGACUACAUUUUCCUCUUGCAUGGGUCAUGUAUAUGAAUUGAAAGCAUUUUUUAAAAAUAUAACUAUGUCAUUUAGUAAAUCUUAUGACCAGACUAAAGAAAAAUAAAUUACAAAGAAUUAGACAUAUAAUUAAACCUGUGGUUAAUC